UUUCUAAUCACACUUCAUAACUCUUCAUACAAAAUACAAACGAUUCCACAUAAAAACUUUAAUUUAAUUUAUCUAUGGUGCUAAAGUCACGGUAAAAAAAUAAUUAGUUACAAACAAACGAAUGACUCACAAACCUUAUCAAUUGCACUUCAAAUGUCUCCAUACGAAAUACAAACGAUUGCAUAUAGCAGUUAUUUAAAAGUACGUUUAAUUGGCGUCAAGUAUCUACGAAUAAGAAAUCGACGUAAGAUCGAACUAGUUAUGCUAUGAACUUUUUAGCUCUAUUGUAAACUCGUGGUUGACUGGGGGGGAGGGGGGCGCUAACGAAAAUAACUGUGCGAGUGUCUGUAAAUGCGCAGUGAGUGUAGCUCACAGAUAUCUAUUGUGGUGUAGCUGGCCGUAGUUUUCUAGUAUCCAUUGUCCAUUCAUCAUAUACGACUGGUGUGAUAGAUGCAGGAAAUAUGAAGUCUCGGAACAGCAACGAGACUGGAUCUCGUUAAAAGCGGUCGGAAAAGAGAAGGAGACGGAGGAAGAAAGUGGCGAAGGUAACGGCUGCUACAAUUCUUCGAAGUGAAAGCAAGGCAUCGAAGAGCCUUUCUCGUGAUUUCAGAAUCUCGACAAAACGGCAAAAUAAUGCACUGAAAUGGAAAAUGGAAUGAAUGUGAUCAUGUCCGUAUAAGAUAAGACAAGAGCAGUGGUCUUAUUGUGUCUCGUGUCAUGAGGAAGAGAAGUCCCCUUAUAUCUCUCUGAAACAGCAUAGAAUGGCCCGAAAAAAGUUUUUAAAGAGAUAAAAAGCGGUCGCGGUUCCAGCUAUAGCCAGUCAUAUAGUAUAUGUAUAUGUAUGUGGAAGAGCUACUGGAUUUGCCCAGUAGUUUUUGCGAAAAACAUAUACAAGGAGGAAUGUCUCGAAACAAUGGACCUGGUCUUUACGAGUUUCUUAUGGAGGCUGAGUUACAAGAGUAUUAUCCUGGUAUUCGAGGGGACUUGAAGGUGCAAACAACAGCACAAUUAAAAUAUGUAACAGAAGAUGAUUUGAAUGCAAUAGGAAUGAGCAAACCAGAGAUGCGUCGUCUAAAGAAAUACUUCCAGAAGCACUUUCCUCAAAAUUAUUUAUCUAAAUUUAAGAAAAUGCUACUACCAAAACGCGAAGAACAGUCUCCUGGUGUGCUGAGUAUGUUACCAGAAGAAAGACAAGAUAAACCAUCAGUACGUGUUCCUAAUAAACACAUGAUUCCGGCUGAUGCAAUCAUUGUGAAUAAGGAACUCGGGGUAGGAGAAUUUGGUGUUGUACAGCAAGGGGUGUGGACGAAUGAUGGAGAACGAAUACAAGUUGCAAUUAAAUGUUUAUCACGUGAGAGGAUGCAAAACAAUCCCAUAGAAUUUUUGAAGGAAGCUGCUAUAAUGCACUCAAUUGAUCACGAGCAUAUUGUGCGACUUUAUGGCGUGGUACUUGACACAAACUCAUUGAUGCUUGUGACAGAAUUGGCUCCAUUACGCUCAUUACUGGAAUGCCUUAAAGAACCUAGUCUGCGUUCGAGUUUUCCAGUCUUAUCGCUAUGUGACUUUGCUGUACAAAUUGCCGACGGGAUGCAAUAUCUAGAAGUUAAAAGGUUAAUACAUCGCGAUCUUGCUGCUAGAAAUAUCCUUGUGUUUUCCAAGAAUAAAGUUAAAAUAUCAGAUUUCGGGUUAUCACGUGCAUUAGGUGUGGGUAAGGAUUAUUACCAGACUAAUUUCAAUGUCAAUUUGAAACUGCCUAUUGCAUGGUGUGCGCCUGAAUGCAUAUCCUACUUGAAAUUUACGUCGGCGAGCGACGUUUGGGCAUAUGGAGUAACAUUAUACGAGAUGUUCAGUUAUGGAUUUCAGCCCUGGGCAGCGUUGACCGGUCAUCAAAUUCUCGAAGCGAUAGACGAGCCUAAUUUUCAGAGAUUAGAGCAACCCGAGUGCUGUCCAAAAGAAUAUUUUACUUUGAUGCAACAAUGCUGGCAACAUGAUCCUUUGAAGAGGCCUAGAUUUGCUGACUUGAUUACCGCAUUGCCUGAACUGAAACCUGAACAGGUGCAAGCAGUCCAGGAUAACACUGAAUCGAACCAACUUGUUUAUAGACAGAACGAUAUUAUCACAGUUCUAGAUAAAGGUAGCAGUAAUACUUUGUGGAAAGGCGUUCUAAAUAAUGGCAAAACGGGAUUUUUUAAUCCGGCUCAUACAAUCGCGUAUCUCGGCUCCAAUCUGCCUAGUAACAAACCUGGUGAAUUUACACGAGGAGAUGGUAAAAAUACUUUCUCCUCGCAGCGUAGAAAAAUUCGCACAGACAUGAUAUCCUCGCCACAGGGUGAUCUCAAACAUACCGGUCACGUGGGUUUAGAUGGAGCUUAUUUCGGUGAUAUCAGCUUUCUCGGUGGAAAGUAUCCACAUUUGCCUCGUCAAGUUGUGACGCCAUACAAACCCCAGGAGGAUGCAACUGAUAAUUCUAGUCAAAUUUCAAAUCAGGAUGCAAGAAAUGUAGAUACGAACAGGGAAUCAACAAGAGAAAGUAGAAGCAUGCAACAAGAAACUCAAAACAAACAUGAGAACUUAUGGUCUCUCUCUGAUAUGAAUUCAGAGAUAUGUCACGUAACUGCAGGCAGCAACGCAAACAAGCAAGCUAUGACAUCCAAUGUAGGUAGUAAUACUGAUGUUCUUGGAGCCGACCAUGAAUACCAUGAAAUCAGUGAUGAAGAGAAUCAAGAUAGUCCACUAAGAUUUGAUAAGACGUUAAAUUUUGAUUUUGCUCCAAGUCUUUUGGCUGAAAUGGAUCAAAUGUUCAGAUCGUUAGGUUCUUCUCCUCCUCCUCCUCCGCCACCGGGCCAUCCUUUAUCCACCGAACAUGAAUCAAGUAAUGCAAGGAAUGAACUGAGAGAGAUUCAAGCAAAACAAUGUAACAAGAAGAAACAAGCCACCGUGAGUCCAAUAAAUGUGAAGCCUAUCUCAGCUGCCGAUCAGAAAACUCUCUACUCUGCUAUUGCUAUGGCACAGGAAUUGACAGCUCGUUCCAUGACAGAUCUUGAACAUCCACCGGAGUCUCCCCGUACACCUGCCAGUCCUUCAAGGCGUAGGAAAUUCUCUUUUAAGUUGCCACAUCAACACAGUCCUAAACCAGACAGACGACACUUUUCUGAAGAAGCUGCCAGUAUACCUGACAUACAGUGGUUAUGCUCAAGCCUACAAUCACUGUCAUCCACAGUAUCUAGUAUAGAAUCCCUUGGUGCUCCAUCAACUUUGAAACUUCCUCUGUGGGAUAAGGCAUCAGCAGAGUUCUGCUUCGCAAAAUCGCGAGAAUUAUUGACAAAGCCGAGCGCUUGGGCUUCAUAUAUGGAUAUUGACUUGAAUACGCAUACAUUAGAUAAUUUGGCAAUAAAGCAGAAUUUAGUCAAGUCUACUGAAUUCUUGGAGAAUGGAAAUAAAAAGGACCAUCUGAAUUGCGAGGGUCGCUCUGAUGCAGACACCAAAUUAAAUGUCCGACAUCAGAAUGGUAAGAAAUUUAACGUAGAAAAUUCGAACUAUGAUUUUCUACGCAAGAUGAAAAGAGUGUCUACGAGUUACGUUGAACGUUACUUUGAACAACCGAAAUACUGUGAUGAUGAAACAACUCUAGGAUGCACCAGCGAAAAAAUAUAUUUUGGAGAAGAGAAAUUGGAUAAAUAUGAUAAAAUUAAUAAUCUGGAACAGCCUAAUAAAUCGACUUAUUAUUCGAACAUUCAAGAACAGGGCUCGGCUGGUAUGAGGUCUAAUCAGAUGUUGCAAAAUAAACUAAGUAAUUGUGAACUAAAAGAUUGCAAUAUCAUGCACUUUGAAGUGCGCCCUGAUGAAAAUUUUGAUAUUUUAAAAGAAAAGGCAGCGAACUUUGAAUCUCCUCGCAAUAAACCGGACAAGUUUGACGUAGCAAAGGAUAAGACGACAAACUUGGAUCUUGGCACGCGACCGAAAAUUCCCGUUACUUUUGAUGAAUCUGCAAAAAUGAACAUCAUAAAUUUUACUAAAAAGAUUGACCUGUCGAAAUCUAGAGCCGCGAACAUGUCCUUUAUGCCUAGAAAAUCCAGUCAAGAUAUGAAUACUGUCUACGACUCAUCUGAUAGUACUAAAACUAACGUGAAGACAGGUGGGUCAGAGUCCAGUCCAAGGAGUAAUAUAGAGACAGUAAAAAUAAACAUACAAAGCUUUCGCAAAAUCGAACAAAACCAGAACGGUCACGAAGGCUUUCCGUUUGUAAUAUCUAACAAUCCUAUAUUUAUUGCUGAAUCAGAAAAGAAGGAAUCUCCCAUAUACAGCAGUUCCGAGAGUUUGCGAGUAAAUUUCCAGCGUCUUAGGCGAAAAUCUGAUGCCGAGGCUAGUCAGGUAGAACUUAAUAGCAAGCUCUUAGCUGAAAAAUAUCAACGGGAAAUUUCUGGUUUGGAGAGCGUAAAAAAUUACUUGGACUCCAAGAAAGCUCAAGGUUUAAAUUUGGGCCUGGGCAAGUUAACACAAAACAUGAUACAAUUAGGCAAGAAUAUCGCUCAAAAUUCAAGAAAUUUAGAUACAACUUUGCCAAAGUCGUUGGUCUCUAACAUGAGAAAUCUGGAUUUAUCUGCACCAUCUCAAACAUCUGUACGAAGUUUAAAUAUACCAAUUCAGAAGCCCAAACAUUUGGACUUGAACAUUCCGGUACAGAAUCAAUCAUCAAUUAACACAAAACUAAAUUUGAUUCAGAAACCAAAUCCUCCAACGAGUCCAACUGUACAUCAACACAUUUUGGAACCGCCAAAAUUAUAUCAGAAUGAUCCUGCCAGAAAAGAGUUACCAAAAUUGGAUAUGCUAGCAGAAAAGUUUUCUGGUGCUGCUAUUUAUCGACAUAGAACAUCAUCUUUGUCAGAGAGUAAAAAACCUCCAAUAAAGAAUAUACGCAGAUCUUUUCAUCCUAGAAACGAUUCUAGUGAAGAUUCGGAUUCGAUUUCGCACUCAGAAACAGACAUCAGAAGCCGUCUGCGUUACAAACGUAGGCACAAGAAAAUUCCGCAUAAUUUACGCUUGAAUUUCAAAAAUAAAACCACAUUUUUGCAUCCUCAUUCCGCUAAGGGAUUAUCCGCGGUUGAACUAUGCAGAAAGUCACCGCCACCAUCAACAAGCUUCUUAAAUUCACUAUCGCCGCCAUUUUCUUCAAGAAACAAUCUACUUUCUUGGCCGGAAAGCGCACCGAGCUCUAGUCUGACAUUUACUAGCAAUUCUGAUCUUGAUUCAGAUACUAGCUCCGAAUAUCCGGAAUUCACGAACGAUGUAUUGACAUUUCCUCCUUCUCCUGCUCCUUAAAAUUCUAAAGACAAAUUUAGCUUCAGCCUUGAUCAAGCUAAAUGUGGCUUUUCUAUUUAUCAAGUUUGUACAAUCUCACAAGAUGAUUAGCGAGAUUAUUAUGUUAAGAAUGCAUGCAAUUUAUACUAACCUUUUAUAGAAUAUACUCAAAUUGGUGAUUAAAUAAUUAUUAAGGAUUGAUUUUACUUAAAAAAUACAAAGUUCCAAUAAUUACGAUAAAAAUUGUUUCAGUUUUUACUCAAAUUACGUCCUUUUUAGCAUCAAUAUAGCGAAUGACACUAUCAGUAAUUUGUAUUUUACAGUCACUUUUUUCUUAAAUUAAGAUCAUCAGAUAAAUUUCUCUAUUCUAAAAUGUCUCUUCUAUCUUUGUUCUCAUUUUAUAUACAUAUA